UCGCUCUCUGAGGUCAGGAAGUCGCAUACCUUUCCCCGGACGCGGCCCCACUCACUCUCGCCCCCGCCUUUUUGGCGUCGGACCUCGGCCCAGUCCAGACCGGUCGCCGCCCCGCGACAGCGGACACUAGGGGUGCCCAGAGGCGCUGCGGCCUCCUGGGCGAGAGGAAAGCCGAGGAUGAUCGCGCCUCUCCCUUGGCCUGUGCAGAGCCCGCGGUCUAGGGUUGGGGUGGGUCACAGAAUUCCGCCUCUGUCCCCAGACAGGCUUUUGCCUCUGAACCUCAGUUCCUCUAUCUGUAAGGAGGGGUGAAAGACGGUACUUACGGAGCCGUGGAAAGGAUUAAAUGGGGUAAAGAGUUAAUGGUGGAAAUAAGGCGGUCACAUAUAACAGGUCCUGGCAUGUAGUAAGUGCUUAACAAGCAGCUUAACCAGUGACAGUUGUUGCUGUUAUUUCCAGGCCUGAAUCUGUGAUUGUUGUAACUGCGGGGAUUUAGAUCCAUGGCCUAUAUCUAUUCUUGUUUCUCUUUUCUAUGUCGUCCCUCCAGAUAUAUUCAUUUCUCUUUACUUAGCACUACCCUACCCGCCCCGCCUUCCCCCGUACCUGCUGGGAGUGAGGGGUAAGCGUGGCAAAUGCAGAGGUGCCUCAGUCUGGUCCCUGCUGUCUUCCGGGUUCUCGACCCAGGAUGACUUCAGUGACUAGAUCAGAGACUGUGGAAGUGCUAGAAGAGGAACCAGUGACAUCUAAGACUCAUGAUCAUCAAAUGGAAUCAAAUCCCAAUCCUGUGGAAGUGUGUAAUAAAUCGUCUGCCUCCCUGGAGAUGACUCAAGGAGUUUCAAAGGAAAGAAGUCACGUUGGCUGUAGCCCUAAAAAAGGGGAGUGUUGUGAUCUCAGCCACGAGGAAGGACUUCAGCCCAGGUCCCUUCAUUUGUCUCCCCAAGAACAGUCUGCCCAUCAUCGAGACAGAAGACAGUCCUGGCGGCGAGCAAGUAUGAAAGAAAUCAACAGGCGGAAGUCACUGCCUCCCUUUCAUCAGGGCAUCACAGAGCUCAGCAGAUCCAUCAGCGUCGACCUAGCAGAAAGCAAACGGCUUGGCGCUCUCCUGCUUUCCAGUUUCCAGUUCUCUGUUCAGAAACUUGAACCUUUCCUAAAAGGCACUGAGGGCUUCAGUCUUGAAAGUUUUAGAGCCAAAGCAUCUUCUCUUUCUGAAGAAUUAAAACAUUUUGCAGACAGACUGGAAAGUAAUGGAACUCUACAGAAAUGUUUUGAAGAUACAAAAGAAAAAGCAUCAGAUUUGUCUCUGGAAGCAUCAGUGGCUGAGAUGAAGGAAUACAUAACAAAGUUUUCCUUAGAACGUCAGACUUGGGAUCAGCUCUUGCUGCACUAUCAGAAGGAGGCUGAGGAGAUCUUAUCCAGAGGAUCAACUGAAACAAAUAUGACUGAAGUUGAACCUACAGCAUAUCUUGGGUCUUCCCAGAAUGAAGUCCUUAAUACAAAGCCUGAUUACCAGAAAAUAUUACAGAGCCAGAACAAAGUCUUCGAUUGUAUGGAAUUGGUGAUGGACGAAUUGCAAGGAUCAGUGAAGCAGCUGCAUGCCUUUAUGGACGAAAGUGCCCAGUGCUUCCAGAAGAUGUCAGUACAACUCAGCAAGAGAAGUACGCAACAAUUAGAUUCUUCACCAGCUCGAAAACUGCUCAAGCUUCAGUUACAAAACCUGCCUACAGCACAUUGUUCUAAAUCUUGUCAGUGACCUUAUGCAUCUUUGUGCCACAAGGUGCUCUAGAGGAGAGACAUGGAAAGAAUGCUCCAGCGCAUGGAUGCGUGGCAACCUAAGCUGGUGAUAUGUACCUGUUGCCUUUGAGGAUAAUUGGCUGAAGAGCACGUUGGUUUUUUUUCUAAAAGUGACAACACUGCCCUGGCUGGUGUGGCUCAGUUGAUUGGAGCAUCGUCCAGUGCACUGAAGGGUCACGGGUUCAAUUCUGGUCAGGGCACAUACCCAGGUUGCAGGUUUGAUCCCCAAUCAAACACAAGGCAAUCGUGUGUACAGGAGGCAAUCGAUGGAUGUUUCACUUUCACAGCAGUGUUUCUCUGUCUCCCUCUUCCUUCCUCUCUCUAAAAUCAAUUUAAAAAAGAGUUACAACACUUUUGUAUCCAAAAGAAUGUUGUAUGGACACUUUUUCCAAGAAUGUGCAAGAUAAUUAAAAUUCCUAUUUUGGAAUGACCUUUAGAAUUAGUAGUCUAGUCUUUUAAAUAUUCUUUGUGAUCACAUCUCUUCAUCUUGUAUAGAAGUUUUUCAAGUUUUGAAACAUCCGAAGUCAUUUGGGAUCAAAUCCAGUGAAACAUUUUAGGGGUCAGAUUGGGUUCUGGUUGUAAAGGAAUGAGACUAAUUUUCUAGUGUGACUCAGGGUGAUUUUAGAUAUAAAAGUUGUGGGCAUUGAUUAUAUUAGGUGGAUAUGUAUAUCACUUCACAGGAUGUCCAAAUUGAGGAAAUACUACCCAUUCUCUAUGUUCUAAUGCCCAUAAUGUGCUUCAGUUUUUAGUAUUGAGUCAACAUCCUAAGUCUUGGAUUCAUUGUUCUUUGUAUUUAAUAAUCUGCAUUAUAAAAUUGUACAUAAUUAAAAGUU